UCCGUUGCAGCAGCGGCAGCAGACAACAUUAGAGGAGGCUCUGGAGAGAAAAUUUUGUGCGUGGUUCCCGUGGUGCGUGCAUGCCACACGGCUUGUAGCUUCCUAGGGGGUAGUAAACAAUCAUGCCCUAACCCCUCCACCUGGCUCGACCUCCACCAUACACACAUACAACACACACACACACGAUCACACACAGCACAGCACAACACACAACACACAGAGCACGCGAAGUGAUCAUGGUGGGCCAGCAGCAGCAGCAGCAGCAGCCAAGUGUAAUGUGAAGCAAAAGAUAGUCAGCCAGCCAGCCAGCGACCAACUGCCGCAACCAGCAACCCUGUCCCCGGGCCCCGGUCAGGCAGACCCUAGCUCUACCAACCAACCAACCAGUCAGCCAGCCAUUCCAGAGACGGACCGGACCGAACGAACCCAAUCAACCAAACCGUGGCCACCAGCCAUCGUCGAGCCAACCACCCAACCAACCAACCAACCAACCGAACCACCCCCAACAGGAGGGUAGCAUUGGCAGCGCGCGCGUCAAACGGAAACAGCACGGUCACUCCAGCAUCGGCCAGCACCACGAGCGCGUUCUGGCACCACGUGCACCAUCCACCACCAGCGUCUUGAAGGUCGCGGGGCCACGGUGAUCGGUGGCGGUUGCGUGUUACACGUGUGAAGAGCAGCUGCACGGCCCACGGUGUGGGUGCCGCCAGCCUGCCUGGACAAACGAUGGCCGGGGACGGUAUCACCUUCAUUUUCCAGUUCGGCAACCUGCGCGACAUCAUUACGGUCGACUCGAGCGCACUCACGCUGAAGAUGCUCAAAGAGCUGGCGUGCGAGUUCAUCAACAACAAAAUACCGGGCAAUGGGUUGAAUCGGUUGCCGGAGCGACUGCUGCUGUUCCGCCAUGACUACGACUCGCACAAUGUGCUACAGAUGGUGACGGCCGUAUCCGAUAUCGUGGACGAAACGCUGGUCGAGAUCGUGCUGACGGCAAACCAAACCCUGAUACCGCCAGCGGUGCCAAGCGGAGUGAGCCAUCAGCAGCAGCAGCAGCAGCAGCUGGGACGAAACAGCAACAACAGCGGUGCACCACCGUACGGUUCGGAUGACAUUCCGCUCGUGCGACCGCACGCGCUCGCAGUCCAUUCGUACAAGGCACCCACCUUCUGUGACUUUUGCGGCGAGAUGCUGUUCGGGCUGGUGCGCCAGGGUCUCAAGUGUGAGGGCUGCGGGCUCAACUACCACAAGCGUUGCGUCAUCAAAGUGCCAAACAAUUGCAGCCGGGUUGAGCACACCGGGGCACUUCAGCAGCAGCAGCAGCAGCAGCAGCAGCAGUCGUCACAGAACAAUGGUAGCAACAGUGGCCGCCGAUCCGGCUCGUCCGGUGGUGCCGGUAGCGGUAGCGGACUGCUGUACUCGAUGACGGCCGCCGUCAUGCCGGCCCGCAGCCCCUCGGGUGGUUCAAGCAACUCGCUCGCCUCCGACGAGACAGCCGGCGCGGGAACGCUGUUGUACGUUUCUGGCAGUGGCAGUGCGACGCGACCGAGCCGAUCACCCUCGCUGACGAACCGCGGCGCCGGCCAACCAUUCAAGAUCCCGCACAGCUUCUCGAUCCACACGUAUACCCGUCCGACCGUGUGCCAGUACUGCAAGAAGCUGCUCCGUGGCCUGUUCAAGCAGGGUGUCCAGUGCCGCGACUGUCACUACAAUGCGCACAAGAAGUGCAUCGAGAAGGUACCGAAGGACUGUACGGGCGAGAACACGCAGCCACCGGAUGCGCACGACGAUCGGAGCAUUUCGAGCGAUCGGGAGCACGGUGGGGGGCCAGGCAUGCGAGACGGCGAUGCGGAGGAUGAGAGCGACUUGGAGGAGCAAGGUGGCCCGGUACACUCCAGCGGUGCCACCACCAGCGGUCGUCCCGUACACCACGACGACGACGACGGCGGCGGCGGCGAGAGGAAACCAUUGCAAGUGCAGGGAGCUGCUGCGCUGAAGCAAAACGGUUCCCCAGCGGGAGCAGCACCGGCGUACCAUCUGCUCGAUCACCACCAUGACCACGAUCCGGACGAGAAUCACCGGCUGGAGGUGAUCUGCGAGCAGUCGCGCCAAUCGUCCAGCAACUCAUCGUCGUCACCGAGCGCCAACAUACCGCUGAUGCGCAUCGUCCAGUCGGUGAAGCACACGAAGCGCCGGGAUGGGCGCGCGAUGAAGGAAGGCUGGCUCGUCCAUUUCACGAACCGCGAGCGGACGGUGAAGCGGCACUACUGGCGGCUCGACUCGAAGGCGAUCACACUGUUCGUGUCGGAUCAGGGCACCAAGUACUACAAGGAGAUACCGUUGAACGAGAUACUGGCCGUCGAGACGGCCCGGACGCUACAGGGCGAGGUGCUGCACUGCUUCGAGAUACGGACGGCGGCAGUGGAGUACUACGUCGGGCAGGAUCCGCUGUACAACGUGAAGCAGAACGAUCCAAUGUUGGCGCUACCGCCACCGGACAGUGGUGUCGGGGCGUACCUGGCCAAAAGCUGGGAGACGGCGAUCCGGCAAGCGCUGAUGCCGGUCCAGUCGGCCACGGCCAAGUGCGAGUCACCGGGGGCCGGUGGGGCGACCGAGCCCGAGGAGCGCGUCACCGACAUGAGCCAGCUGUACCAGAUCUUCCCGGACGAGGUGCUCGGUUCCGGCCAGUUCGGUAUCGUGUACGGUGGUGUGCACCGGAAGACGCAUCGCACCGUUGCGAUCAAGGUGAUCGACAAGCUGCGCUUCCCGACCAAGCAGGAAGCCCAGCUGAAGAACGAGGUCGCGAUCCUGCAGAACCUGUCGCACGCCGGUGUCGUCAAUCUGGAGCGCAUGUUCGAAACGCCCGAGCGAAUCUUUGUGGUGAUGGAGAAGCUGAAGGGUGACAUGCUGGAGAUGAUACUGUCGCAUCAGAACGGUCGGCUGAACGAAAGGGUGACCAAGUUUCUCAUCACCCAGAUUUUGGUAGCUCUCAAGUACCUGCACAGCCGCAACAUCGUCCACUGUGAUCUGAAGCCCGAGAAUGUGCUGCUCUCGUCCGACAACGAGUUCCCGCAGGUAAAGCUGUGCGACUUUGGCUUUGCCCGUAUCAUCGGCGAGAAGUCAUUCCGACGAUCGGUGGUCGGCACACCCGCCUAUCUUGCACCGGAGGUGUUGCGCAACAAGGGCUACAAUCGCUCGUUGGAUAUGUGGAGCGUCGGAGUGAUCAUCUACGUCAGUCUCAGUGGCACCUUCCCGUUUAACGAAGACGAGGACAUCAACGAUCAGAUACAGAACGCUGCCUUCAUGUACCCGCCCACACCGUGGAAGGAAAUUUCCUCCGACGCGAUCGAUCUGAUCAACAAUCUGCUGCAGGUGAAGCAGCGCAAGCGGUUCACAGUGGACAAAAGUUUGCUGCACUGCUGGCUGCAGGAGCUGCAGACGUGGAACGAUCUGCGUGCGCUAGAGGCACAGGUCGGGCUGCGCUACCUUACGCACGAAUCGGACGAUGCGCGCUGGGCAAGCAACGGCAGUGUCGGCAGUGCGAGUGCGUCCGGCCCGUCCGGUGGCAUCCCAUGACCUCUUCCACCGAAAGUCCGCUCCAAUCGCUCGCCGGCGAUGACCGAUGUACCGGAACGGGCCGGAGGCCAACCCGAGCCGCUGCCAUUCAUAGAGGAACUGUCACCAUCGGCAACGAGUGAACGGUCCAGCCGAGAUGAUGGGCUGUCCACGAUGACGACGACAACGACGACGACGACUACUACGAGUCUUUCCGCAUCUACCUACCAGGCGAGUGCAGCGACCAAAUCAAGCGAUUCCAACCACCCUCCCUCGCUGCUGCUGAGCGACUUUCGCGGGAAAGUCUACAAAUGGGUGCGCGGUCGGUUCUGUAGGUUAGUGAAAACUUGAAGGCAGCAACAGCAGCAGCAGCAGCAGCAGCGGCAGAGAGCUGCGAUAACGCAAAAAUGCGAAAUUGAAUAACUCUGGCUCAUAAACUGAUUUAUAUAUAUAUACAUGUAUAGCUACGUACCUACAGAGUAUAGUACUUCGCCUCAGGCAGGUGCUCGACGACGCCACACCUUUACGGUGGUGACAGUCUAGAAUCUCGUCGCCCAACAGCCAGGCGUGCUCAAAUCGUUUCUUUUUUUGGAAUCAUCAUUUACUACUACUACUACUACUACUUGCAAGUACCAAUUAGAUUCGAUAACCUACUUUUUAUUGGAAUCUCACAGAACUGCGAAACACCACCAGCACACCCUCUAUGUGCACUGGGGAUGCUCAUGCAAUUGGUGCACCAGGUAUUAACUACAAUUGCGCCGCGUGGACACUUUCCAUGAUUUUUAAGCUAAACUCAACCACUAACUAACGUGCGAGUCUCAUUCAAAACGGUACUAAAAUGGGAACAGUAUGCAGCAGCGGCCCGGCUACGCAUGCCCGAAUCACUCGAAGGACUCGCUAACUACUGCACUGACACAACGAAACGGUUUCUCAAACCCCUUUUUUAUGAGCUAGGACUUUUUUGUGGGCUUUAUUCUGUUUCAUUUCGCGUAUUUCACUGUUACUAGAUACUAGAGAACUGCUACAGCCACACAUAUACACAUUAGGAAAGGCAUACUGGGAUACUUCUCAUUCCCUGCACCUUUUUUUUUUUUAAAAAAAAAAAGCUUUGUUUACCCUUGAACGUACUGAUCCAUACAUCACAGCGCGAUGUACCGGAGUAACCGGAUGGCAGCAAAACAUAAAACAAACACACCCAAGCAAACUCAAAUACGAUUAACUACGAACGUCGAAAGGAGUCGAAACAUGGUGGCCAAAUCCAGGCGGGUAACAACGCAUCAACACACACACACACACGCACAAAACCGUCGCACGCAGCGUCGCAAAACCACUAGGGGCACGGCAGCUCUGGCGAAUAACGGUUGCUGUUGAUCGCUGCGCGCGUCUUUAUUAGGAGCGUAAGUAACCUUAAGCUUAUCUUAACUUUAUAAAUUCUAAGAUGAAUGUCCUUUAAAAAGGGGGGAAUGAAGGGGGGGGGGGGGGGAGAAGGGCACCGGAUGCGCCAUUCGGAUGCAAUGUGUGCGUUUUUUGCCGUUUUCGGCCAACCGGCCGGCCGGAACUAUCGAUGUAUUAAUUAACGAAUGUGAUUGUUUAUGCAGAUUCCAUUACUUUUUUACUUACGUACUACCUACCUGGUUGUUAAUUUUAUACAUUCCCUCACACACACACACACACACACCUUCGCCGCACACAUCCUUGUGCUAAUGUAGCUCAUUUUACGUUACGUCAAUAUAUAGCGCUGCACCGCUGGGCUGCAGAGUUUGUCACUAUCACCUCUUGGUAUCACCCAUAGUAGAACUGUAUCGCGACCGGAUCGAGGGAGUCAGAGACAGACGCGCGAGAGAGAGAGAGAGAGAGAGAGAGAGAGAGAAAUCGAGAAAAAGGGAUGGCGGUGGAACAAAAGUCUUGCAGUGAGCUAAUCUAUGCGUGUCGGCUGCGUGCGCUCCGGUCUGUAAAUUCCUCUCUGUCUGCUCUGAAAACUCACUCUGUACACUGAGACAACAUUUUCAAGUGCCUAUAAACACACACAAUCGGAUCGGUCGGAUUCCUGGUGCUAAGCGAGCUCACCACGUUGCUAGUAGCGUUCUACCGCGCUUCCUCGACGCCGCGAAUCGGCUUGCUGUAGGGCAGCGGUAAGGGGGGGGGGGGGGGGGGGGGGGCGAAGGCCAGGGGCGCCACGUGCGUAUGCGUCUUAGCAGAUAGUACAGUAAGCCGGCGACAGUAAUAGACGAUGGAGAAGUAGAAGCAGAGGAGGAAGCUUUCGCUAUCGCUGUAUGUAAACCUCACGUCAUGUCACGUCACGUCACGCACGCACGCACGCACGCUCGCACGCACGCACUCACGCAUACGUACGCAUACCUAUCACUUGGAUACCUCACGUUAACAGCGUCCUCGCGCUAUCGCUUUGCAUGUACUCUUAAGUGUCCCUCUUCCUCUUUCAGAAUCCACAAAAAAAGGGAAACGGGGGGGGGGGGGGGGUGGCGAUGU